GCAGCGCAAGCCCUGGCAUCAAUUUAGUGAGCGGGACCUCAGACAGACAGAGGGACUACACGAGGACUGUUGGGGAACUUAGUUUUGACAGUUUUGCUUAAACCUUUUUGGCUGUGUGGAAUAACAAUCACUCGUAACUCCUCUUGAAAGAUGCUGCUGUUACUACUCGGAAUCAUCAUCCUGCAUGUUGCAGCCCUGGUUCUGCUGUUCGUGUCAACAAUUGUCAGCGUUUGGACAACUGAGAACACGUACACUUCAGACUUGUGGACUAACUGCACUACCUCAAGUGGCAGAUACCACUGUGACCCUGCAUCUAGCGGAGAGUGGAUCCAGGCAGUUCAGGCCCUGAUGAUCCUCUCCAUCAUCUUCAGCCUCCUGUCUCUCUUCAUGUUCUUCUGCCAGCUCUUCACCCUGCAGAAGGGCGGACGCUUCUUCCUUACCGGAAUCUUCCAGAUCCUGGCCAGCUUGUUUGUGAUGAGCGGGGCCAUCAUCUACACGGUGAUGAAUCCAGAGUGGGUGCCCGAGACCUCAUCCUUCGGCUUCUCCUACAUCCUGGCCUGGGUGGCGUUCCCCCUGGCUUUCAUCAGCGGACUCAUCUACGUUAUCUUGAGAAAGCGAGAAUGAGACCCCCCCCCGCCCCCUCUCCCCGGCCCCUCCAGAAGAAUAGAUCCCCCCCCUCCUCCCCCAAACCCACCGGUGUCCCUCCACACGGGCAAGACCCACCCUGAUCCCAACGAGGGUGACUGACACAACACAGCCACGCAAAACCCACACGGAAACAAUCCACAGUGUCUGAAUUUGAAGAUGUAUAUAGUAUCUAUGGUUUAAAACCUAUUUAUAACACUUUUUACAUACGUGUACAUAGUAUUGUUGUGUUGCUCUGUCAAUGGAGAUACUCAAGCUUUUUUUGUUUCAGCUGAUAAAGUGCCUAAGUAUUUGUUUGUAAUGACAGAAAAUUAGACGUUUGAUUUUAAUCUGUUUUGGUAAUCUAACAACGGAUUGGUAGAAAAAAAAAUAUGUUUUUGAAGUAUUUUAAUCAAAGUGCAUGUAUAAAAUAGAAAGCUAGGACGUGUUUGUAUUACCGAGCUUGCUUUACAAAUGGAAGACUGACGACAACCAAAGAGGUUUCAAUCUAACCACUCGACCCGGGCUCUGUUUGUGAAAUGACAAGUUUUAGCUUUUUUAUUUUCAUUAUUUUUGUAUUUCUUAAUUUCAAAAGAUGGUGCUAUGUAUUUACCAUUCCUAUUACUGAUAGCAAUCAUUUAGCGUCAUUAUGCGGUCGUUAAAAAACCUAAGUUCUGUCAUGAAGUAACAUAACUUGAGAGUCAGUGAUAGACUUCAGAGAGUUGGAUGUAGACUUGACUGUAAUGCCAAACUGUACUUGGGCUUGUUGGUCUCCAGACAUUGCUAAUGUACAAUCUGAAACUGAAUUAUUUGAUGGAAUCAUCAGAAUGGUCAGGAUCGAACCCAAACGUGUUGAACUAUGACUCUCAUAGGGGGAUGAGAACCACACACCAUCCGGGAUCGUCUGCCCAAUCGGAACUACUGUCACUCAUCACCAUGGUGACGGUGACAGGGUCCUGUUUGGGCUGGAUCCACAGUCACGGUAAACGUUGCGUGCUGUCUCCAAGAACACUAAAGACAGCUGGGGUCUUUGCUGCCCUAGCUACACUGAUGUAGGCUUCCAUACAGCUUAACAUAACUACCACAAACCUCACAUGCAGUCAAACAGCCCUGACUGACGGGAAAACGGAAGGAAAAGACAAGCAGGGUGCAGUUUUGUUACAAAAUUGUCUGUUUCACAUACUUGAAGUUUGACUUGCUGCGGCCACUGCCCACUGAAAUGCCGAAUUUUAAUUUCUUUUUUUUGUUGGUAAAUACUUCUAUUGAUGUCAUGUUAGUAAUAUCACGUCUACGACAGUCCAGUAUGAAUUCAAUAAAACAACCAAAGCUUCUAAAAUGGA